AUGUCGUCGCAAUUUUCUUCGUCAACCCCUGGUAUGCCGUUGACCACUGUUGCGCAGAUGGGCGGACUAGUAAAGGCCUUGCAAGAUGCGCAGCUUGAGAACAGUGAGCUCAAGCAGCGAUUGGCAGAGCUUCAGGAUAAGAUCGCAGCCUUGGAAGCUUCGAAGCCUCAAAGAGGGAAACGGGGAUCUCACGUUUCCGGCACUACAAAUGCAGAAGGCAAUGCUGACGAGGAUAAAUUGGGCCCCACCGCUAAACGAUACACAAUUAUGCACCAACUGUGGGUCCCCAACGACGUAUUUCCGGUCUCACGUCCAUCAAAACCGUCCAACAAUCCCAGCUACUUUGGCACGCAGGACAAUUGGAAGUUAUGCAUCGCUGCAGAGCUUUACAAGGUCGUCCCAACAGCAAUGCAUGGGAUGCUUAAGCUGGCAAGCACAGGUGUCGAGUUUCACUCUUUGAUGGGGAUGCAACGACAAGCCAUGGCCCAUACGCUCAGGAACUGUACCGGGCACAUCUUCGCCGCCAUUGAUGUUCCCAGCCAAGCGUUCGAGACCAAAGACUUGCGCCGCACGUCUCCUGAGCUCAUUGCUCUCCUGAAGCCCAGCAAGAACAGUUUGUACCCCCCGUUACCACCUUUGCUUUACCCACUGGGAAACACCACUGAUGUAUUCCAGAAUCCUGUCCUCCCCCUCAUUCUAUGUGUUGCACUAUUUGGCAAGACGUCACUCUCCUCUACGCCGGCAGCCAAUUCCUCGGGACGCAAAUGGGCAGUCACCCAAGUCACAACAGGUGGCAUCUGUCUAUCAGCCAUCAUGGCACGAUUCUUAGUGUCACCCGACUCCGAGCUCUCACCAAUCGGCGCUCAGACCAAGAUCAAUUACGAGCAAGAUUUCCACAGCUACUAUGAACUCAUUGAGUCGACGAAGAACACACGAAAAGGGCGCCGGCUCCGCGCCUUCUUCCAGUGGGUAGUUUUCAAGGAAGCGCCGUCAAGUUUGGAUGCUAGCGGCGAUGACAAAGACUCAGAGCAAGAUGGUGCCUCCGAGUUUGCUCGCGUAAAGGCAGCAAUGCUAGAAGCCGCCGACGACGACGACGAAGAAGAUCCUGACGAUGCCAAUCACAAUGACACCAACGACGACGACGACGAUGACAUCCACGCUCACUCGCAACACCGCAUUAACGCCGCCAACAGGCACGAACCCACGGAUUCCUUCGAUCCACCAUUGAGUCCCAGCCCCACACCUUCUCCUCCUCUUUCGUACAUCACCGCUGUCUCUCCGUUGUCACUACCCUUGGAAGAUGGCCGAUGGCUCGCCUUUGAGCAAGCCACUGCUUUGACCUCCCGUGCUCAACCCACGACGAUAUCUCAGGCCAUACAACCCGAACCAACGGCGCUGGAAGACAACCCAUCGAAAGGGAAAGGGAGAGGUCGUGGAGUGAAAAGGCCUCGGGGAAAGGCCGUCGCCGCUAUCAGCGUUCGAGACGAACAACCAUGCCGCACUAGCCAGCGCAAGGCGAGCGCAACGGUGCGCACAUAG